AUGAAGAAACAAAAUGUUCGCACUCUAUCAUUGAUUGUGUGCACAUUUACUUAUUUACUGGUUGGUGCCGCUGUGUUUGAUGCGCUUGAGUCUACUACUGAGAGGAACCGAUUUGAAGUUUUGCAAGCUAUCGAAGGCAUGAUCAUCAGGAAGUACAAUAUAACUGAGGAAGACUUCCGUGUGAUGGAGACAGUGGUCCUCAAGUCGGAGCCACAUAAGGCUGGACAGCAGUGGAAGUUCACAGGAGCAUUCUACUACGCUACUACCGUACUUACGACUAUUGGCUAUGGGCACUCAACACCAGCAACGAUCGGUGGCAAGCUGUUCACAAUGUUCUAUGCUAUAGUUGGCAUACCGCUGGGCCUCAUCAUGUUCCAGAGUAUUGGUGAAAGGGUUAAUAGACUUAGUAGCGUAAUAAUAAAAUCAAUAAAGGGCGCUUUGAACUGCAAGCAGACGAAUGCAUCAGAAGUGGACCUGAUCUGUGUGGUGACCACACUGUCGUCACUCACUAUAGCUGGUGGUGCUGCAGCGUUCUCCAAGUUUGAAGGAUGGAGCUACUUCGAUAGUGUCUACUAUUGUUUUAUCACUUUAACUACCAUUGGUUUCGGAGACAUGGUAGCUCUACAAAAGGACAACGCGUUGAACAAGAAGCCAUCAUACGUGAUGUUUGCCCUGAUCUUCAUACUGUUCGGGCUGGCUAUAGUGGCUGCCUGCCUCAACUUGCUGGUGCUACGGUUCGUCACCAUGAACACUGAGGAUGAAAAGAGAGAUCAGGCACAAGCUGAACAGGCGCAGCAAGUAGCAGUGAGACUAGAAGGCGACGUGAUCACGGCGGACGGCGCCGUGCUACGGGGAGUGUCGCGCGGCACACGCCUACCUGCUGACCCCAGGCAGAUUACUGCUGGAGAUACCUCGCUAGUGCCGCUGUAUGUAGAUGAGGAGUACGCGCCCAGCGUCUGCAGUUGUUCCUGUAAUUGCUUCGGACCAAACAAGUCAAUACCAUAUCGCGACCCACUGUCGCCGGUACCACCAACCAACAUCAGACAAAUCAAAUCAAAGAACUAUCGCGAACUCGGUAGCAUACCGCGCUACAUUGAAAAAUCAUCAUCGAAGAACCGGUCGCAGUCUCUGCGACUAAAUUCAGCCUCAGGCUACUUAUACAUGAAUGCAAAAACCAAUGACUUCCAACUAGAACCUGAGGAUUUCAGAGAAAUGGUCACUAAGAGACGAGAACAGCUCCGGAGAGGCAUGAUGAUGUAUGAAAUGAGGUGUAAUAACAACGAACAGUACCUACAUCCCUACAGACAUAGUCUGAGCACUCGGCUAGAGACCAGCCCUCAUAGUUCCUCGCUCUACUCCAUGAACAUGAGGUCAGAAAACCGCAGCAACGACCCGCUAGUAGACGAUUACGACUCGGAAAAGUCCAGCUACGCGAAAAAGAAACUCAUGAAGAACAUAGCUAGGAACACCAGUAACAAACGAGUAGAAAACUACUUCUACGACGAUGCUGUACUGCAUUUCGAUGACGAAUACGCCUUCGACGGCUCAAUACUCUUCGCUAAGAGGAGAAAAUCUAUAGACAGGAACUGGGAGGACUAUACAUGUGAAAUGCCGCGAACCCACGGACCGGAUCAAGUGUCGAACGACGGUAGCUACGGGUACUACCUGCCCGACGACGAGGAGCAGGACCAGUACUUCGUGAACGAUACCCUCACGUUCCAACUGCCCCCCCACCGGGCCAGCAUAUAG